AUGAAAAACAGUACCAUGGAUUUUGUUACUGAAAUUGAUGCUGCUAUUCAGUUCAGCGGCUUUUCACAGAAUUUUUGAGUGAAGGGAAUGGUUAAAAAGAGAACCAUUUAGUGGUUCAUGUGAGUUGACUAAAGCUUGUGUUUUGCAACUUUCUGGCAUCUUUCUGACACUUCUUGACAAUAUGCCCAGCUCAUAGUUUCCUGUUCAGACUUCCUGAAAGUGCCGUUCCUAGAGGAUUCAAGAACUAACUGAUUCAGCGUAACAAAAGUAUAAGACAAGAACUUUCCCUUUUGUUGCUACUCUUUCACAAACAGCGGUUUUUAAAAGGCCAGCUACAGCUCAGCAUUCUUCUUUUGGAGGAUCACCUAUAAGACAGAAGUGGAGGUGCCGUUCCCAAUUUACAUGUGAAGUAAACCUAAAUUUCAAGGAUGGUGACCAACCCCUUGGCAUAUGUCAGGAAAAAUACAUAUUAGAGAGCUAAAUAAAGACUAAGCAAAACAUGAUAUCUCCAUUGUGGUUCCUUUGCUGUAUAAUUCCUUUUAUUUCUUCAUUCAGUGCUGAACAAAGCAAGCUGUCUAGUCAUUUCGUACUUGUAGGAGAGCCUAUUGCUAUCCGUUGUCAAAUAGCUAAAAGUCCAGCACUUCACUCUGACUACAAUUUGACUUGGUAUAGAAAUGGUAGUGAUACACCAAUAACUACAGAGACACAUUCCAGAAUCCAUCAGCGAGAUAACUUGCUUUGGUUUAUUCCUGCAACUUUAGAAGAUUCAGGACUUUAUGAAUGUAACGAAAGGAAUUCUGACAGCCCUGACAAAGAAUAUAUACAUCUAAAUGUUUUCAAGAACAAUGAUGGCUUAUGUUUUAAUGGAGAAACUAUAUAUAAACAAAAAGUGUUUACAUCAAUUGGUGGAAAGAUUACAUGUCCUGAUCUGGAAUAUUUUAAUGAUGAAAAUAAUACUGCACCUGAAAUACAGUGGUAUAAGGAAUGUAAGCCUGGAUUACUGCAGGACAACAGGUUUCUCUCUCGAAAGGGUGACAUCUAUCUUACGAUUAGUAAUGUAACUAUGCAUGACAAAGGAAACUACACGUGCCAGACAACAUAUACUUAUAUGGGAAUACAACAUAAUGUUUCACGAACCAUUUAUGCAGACGUUGAAGAGGGCCCAAAGAGGACACCACCAGAGUUUAUUUAUCCAAAAAACCAUUCGAUUGAAGUAGAACUUGGAUCUCAUGUCCUGAUGGACUGUAAUAUAUCCAGUAGCAUAAGUACUUUGAAUGCAUACUGGCAAGUCAAUGGUACGGAUGUUGCUAUCUUUGAUGAUACCUACAAAGAACAAUUCUAUGAAAAACCUUCCCAGGGAGGUGGUUUUAUAAUUGGAGCAAGAUUCAACAUUUCAGAAGUGAAAAGUAAGGAUUAUUCUCACACGUUUUUCUGUCAUGUUUUGCAUCCCUAUGGCGAAGCUGUAGCAUACAUUGUACUAAAACACCCAGCUCCAAACAUUCAGGGUUACUUGAUUGGAGGACUUGUUUCACUGGUAUUUGUAAUAGUUGUUGCUGUGUUUGUCUACAAGCUACUCAAGAUUGACAUUGUGCUUUGGUAUCGGAACUCCUGCCAUCCUUUUCUGAGUAAAGAAGUUUCAGAUGGGAAGAUCUAUGAUGCAUAUGUGCUGUAUCCAAAAAACAGAGUAAGCUGCCUCUACUCACCAGAUAUCUUUGUGCUAAAGAUAUUACCUGAGGUCUUAGAGAGACAGUGUGGAUACAAUCUCUUUAUACUUGGAAGGGAUGAUUUACCAGGACAAGCUGUGAUCAAUGUCGCUGAUGAAAAAAUCAACCAAAGUAGAAGAGUGAUAAUUGUGUUAGUACCAGAAUCAUCCUGUUAUAGUGUGUUAGACGAUACUUCUGAACAGCAACUGGCCGUGUACAACGCUCUUAUCCGUGAUGGAAUUAAAGUUAUUCUAAUUGAACUGGAUAAAAUAAAGGAUUACACAAACAUGCCAGAAUCCAUCAAAUAUAUUAAGCAAAAGCAUGGGGCCAUCAGAUGGAAAGGGGACUUCACAGAGAGAUCUCAUUCGGCAAGUACAAAAUUCUGGAAAAAUGUACGAUACCAAAUGCCACCCAGACAAACUCUGUCUCCCUCAGAACUACAGUUACUACCACCAGCCUUUAAUUCUCCACAUACAAUAACAUUACAAAGAUGACACCCAAGUUCAAUUUUAACAGCUGUGAGCAGCUCACUUCAAUUGCUUUUUAAAUGGUUGGUUGUAGGGUACCCAUAUGUGUUAUACACUGGCCAUCUCAUUUGGAGGCUUACAGGAUUAAAGCCUCCACAACAUCACUGACAGAUUUGAAAAGCUGAUUCAGGGUUCCAUUCCCCUGAGCAGAUCAAAAGAACACUCUGAAGCAUUUUUUCAAUAUUGCAGUGGCCUGUAACGAGAACUGCAGGACUUCUUGAAGAAAUACAUUUUUUGUAAGGAAAACUAAAAGUAUUUUUUGCACUUUUAAAGACAUGUUUUUUUCCAAAUAGAAAAAGGAUGAAGAUGAAGGAAAUAGUGUUGUUAUAUCCUGACUUUUAUAUGAUGGGUUUAGGUCUGGAAACCUGUAGUUUUGAAUGAAACAAAACUCUAGUUCAUUCAUGUGUAGCAAUCUAUUAAUUAUGGACUUAUUCAAUCUACUAAAAGAUGAAUCCUUGUAUUACAUCAUGUGGUAUCGUCCAAGGGGAGAGGUGAGAGGGAGACAUAAGACAAGAGGGGGACCUUGUACUAGCCUGUCAAAGAAUGGAACCUUUUUUCAGCGUUACAUUCUAGAGCAACUCUUGCAGUAGCUGAUUCUGUGAGGCUAGAAACAUUUUUAUUAUAAACCAAUGUUUUCAAUCUUAAAAAAAUCCUUUUGGGGCUGAAGCUUAGUGUUUGAUCUUUGCAUUUUUUAAUGUUUAAGGAAAAUCUGCUCAGAUGAUUGAGUUAACUGAUAAGUGUAUUUGUACAUUAUCCCACUCCGAACAAAAAUCAGUUUUUUUGCACACAGUCAACUCAAUUGGCUAAAUAUUAAAGUGUCAUUUGUAGCUGGCCCACAGUGAGUAGCUGUUGCUGUGUAUAACAGUUUGGAAAAUAAAUAGCUAAUGAAGUUAUUUUUAAAAGUAUGUACUGUGCAUGCCUGAACUUGGCUGUUUUUAAUUCAUCAUGUACACGACGUAAUUGCUGAACUAUUGUGCUACGCUUGAGUUUUGGUAUGUAGAUAGUAGUGUAGUUUGAAAUCUGUGGAGCUGUACAAAUGUCUUAGUACACAUUCCAAAGUGGACCAGCUAGGAUUUCCUCUCUUCUUUGUUUUUGAGGGGAACCUUCCUGCCCUCCAAAAACCUGUUAACAUAGCAUUAAGGUUGUAAAUUUAAAGAAUAAGGAGAUACAGAAGUUAAGUUUCCCAUGGCAAUAUUAAAAUGCCCACAUUUUACAUAUUGUAUAUUUAGAUAUACAUUUUAAGUCAUUAGAUUUAAUUUUGUGUGCAAUUUUGGAGUCUUGUUGCUUGACUAUUAAAAAUGGACUGUGUACACAGUGUCAGACAGGUGUUUUGAAAACCCCUGAUUUCUGAAUUUUCUUGAAUUGAUGCUCAAAUAUUUCCAUGAAAAUCUAUAAAUUACUCAGGCUUGAGUUAAAUAUUUUCAUAUACUGAUUACAGUAUGAUCAUUCUGACAUUCCUUGCUUCAAAACUGUCCAUUAAUUAUAUUUUGUUGAGGAUCAGGAUACCAAUUCUGUAGAAGAUGCCCAGCUUUAUUGUUGACGUACUUUAGAAAAAAUGGGUAAUCUUGCACCUCUUGAAGGGUUAAUUUCUGUACAAAUAUUAACCCUUCAUUUCGACUAAUAUGAUGAUGAUGAAUUAAGUAAUUGCAAGAGGUGAUAUGGGUAACACUUGUUUUUCUGGGUUCUAUUUCCAGUUCUCCCACUGGCAUAGUGUGUGAACAUGGGCAAGUCACUUCGCCUCUCUGUACCUCAGUUUUCCAAAGAGUCAAAUGGCAAAAUAAUACUUGCUUCUUUUGUAAAGUGCUUGGAGAUCUACUGAUGAAAAGUGCGGGAUAAACUAGGUAGAUUAAAUUUGAAUGUGUAUGGUAUCAUAAAAGAUACAUCAGAAAUUCCAGUGGUAUAUUUUGUCCCUAUUAAAGUUAUAUUGAAUUUA